AUGGAGGCUUCCCUGUCGACGAGCAUUACACAAGGAGCUGUCGUAGCAGAGCGCUUGCGCCGUGAAAUGGAGAGCCGGGAUGAAAAGGGUGUUUCCUUCCUUGUACCAGAGAAAGAAUCUCCUUCGACGGGAGCAGCGACAGUGAAGCUGUCUCCACUGCCGGAGACAUCUGCCCUCCAGAAGGCCACCACUCAUUGCAACAUCGGCACUCAAGUGCCCAGCCACAAGAUGUCUUCUCUCUCGUCAUCCUCUGGAGGGCUGUUUGUUGUUUCCGAAAACAGCCAAAAGAAUAGCGACAAUCUUCCUUCCUCCGCAAACAAUAGUGGCAACAAACUUCUCUCCAUGGCUGCCCAACACACCACAACGAACAGCAGUCCGCCGCCGGAUACGCAAGAACCGGAUACAGGAAAGAAGGGUACUCCGGAUUUCUCAUGUAGUUCUGCUCAAAAGAGAGUGGAAAGUAACACUGGCUGCUGCAACUCCAACGAGACGCAUGAUGAGUCUAGAAAUGACUUUCAAAAGAUCAUGCCGUCCCCUGUCAGUAACGUUCAAGGCUCUGUUGGGAAGGAGUCGACCGAUGACGUUUCAAGUAUGGACAAAAUUAACGAGAAUGUCAAUAAGUCUCACGACGCAGCAAUCAGGUCGGAGAUCAAAACUACGACCUCGCCUGCCAUCAGCCAUAACUGUGAAGUGGACGCAUCAAUUAUCCUGGAUCCGAAGCGAACAUCUUCACCAGACACGACAGAGAAAUCAACAAAUGUUGAAACAGCGCUGAAAAUACUGAAGCAGGGAGAAGCAUGCUCUUCUCCACGCCACGAACUUACGCUCAAAGCGAAACACAAUCCCGCUGAUAGCAAAAGUGCUUCAUUGUCGAUACAAGCCCCCAACGCUGUUCUUACCAAACAGCAGACUCUACCAGAAAGUUCGCAGACAGCGUCUUUAACACCAUCUUUUCUCUCCAGAAGAAGCAGUACGAUGGGGGCGAUGCCAGGAGACGGAAGCGUGGAAUUAAACCCCCAGAAGAAGGCAAUGUCAGCAAGCAAAGAAACAGAUGCUCUCGUUGCCAGUCUGACUUCUUUAUCACAAUCCGUGACUCGAAACACGAGCGAAGGCGUUCUGGGAGGAGGGGCAGAUGGCCGACCUAACACUGCUCAAAGCCACAACAAUAUUACCUCAAAUAAGAACUUUUUCGGGAAUUAUCCUUCAUUUCCUCUAUCCGGCUCUCACAAAAGUGCCAGCACUAUUCUCACCGGCUUAUCAACCGCGUAUGUCACACCAGGGAAUGGAGUGGACUUUGGCCGCAUGAGCCAGUCAGCUGUAGUGGGCGCUUCUUGUGCAUACGCCUCUUUGGCAAAUGCCAUGCGAAAGAACGAAAUUUCCGGGAAAAAUGUACCUCCAGCGCAAAUGUUGAGUUCACAAGUGCCCCAGAGUGAGGAAGGCUACAAUAACUGCAACAAUACCACAGCAGAGUAUAGCAGCAGCUUUGGGAAGAAAGCAGGUAUUUCGCAAGAGCGAAGUUGGACAGCAGGCGUCACCGAGGAAUACCAUCGGAACUCCGGUGAAGAGAACUAUGGCAAUGCGCAGGGAAUUCGUACAGAGGACCAGGCACUCAUGUUGCCUCUCGAAAGCAUUAAAUCCGGUGGGUGCAACCCGGCUAACUUCAUAAAUACCGCUGAUGGAGUUGCUGGAGCGAUUAGCGAGCACGGAGCCUUCCAAACUCACCUAGGACUGUCCGGGGCAACUUUCCAACCGGGGAGUACAGCUGCCGCGGCGGCUGCAGUGCUCGCUCAGCAAGAGAGUCGUCCCCUUCUUCUUACACGUUUUGAGAUGCUCGAGGCGUACGCCAAAGAUAUUUCAUUUGCGUACCUGUUGUCGCAGGUUGAUCUCCACGAGAAGCACGCAUUUGUGCAACUGAGCACCCUUGAGGCUGCGUUCGAACUGGUCGACAAGCGCCGACAACUUCAGGAUCUUCACAUGGGUCUGGUAACUGCCCAGCAACAAUCGCCUAGUGCAUCCGCCGGCGCAAGUCGCUCAUCGCCUCCGGCGCGUCUCGCUCAAGGCUCAACCUCCCAGAAACUCCCGCACGAACUUCAACAGCAGUUAUCUGGAGUUGUGUCUCUUCCAUUUGACGUUCCCUCUCCGCAGUCCACUACAAUGGCAGCUCUGUUUUCUGCAGCUGCGGCAGCAGCGAGCUGUCAAGCAUCUGCGGAAGGAGGGAACACUUCGGCUCUUCCUGCUGCCGUUCUGCAAAGGCUGGCGCCUUCCAAAGGCGCAAGUUACAAUCCAUCCAGUUCUGCCCAGAAUUCCGCGUCGCUGGUGUCGGCAGCAGCUCAGUAUGUGGCAAACACUCUGUUGGGUCCUUCAGGCGACCCUAACGAUAUGACACGAGUUGGCAUCCAAAGUGGCCACUCAAUCACAACAAAAACAGGUGGAUGCACGUUUGGCUCUCACGCCCCAUCAUUUUCUCCGUCACUUCAGGACAGCAAUCCCGAAGGGCACGCAUCUCUUAAUGGCGAGAAAGCGUUCCUCCUGCAGCUGCUUCAACACCAGCAGGAGACAAGCCAGCAGCGCAGUAAAACCGACGUGGACAGAAGCCAAAAAUCUCUGCAACAACCGGCACUGUUGACGGAGACACUCAUGCGCGCAGCCGCAGCGGCUGCAGGCUCCAAGCCUUCUAGUCACCUUCAAGGGGGAGCCGAGGGAGUGGACGGGACAGGGACAACUACAGGAGGCAGCUACGCUCGAAGACAGGUACAGCUCCAGUUGCAGCAACUUGAAGAGUUGCAGAAACAGCAGGUGGGGAAGGGGAACCAACAGCGACAGCAGCCUCAGGUAUCUGGAACUCUUGAACAGCAUCUUUUUCUUCAGCGGAAGAAGCCAGAGCCGAACACUAGGAUGACACAGGGCGUUUGUACGGAGAUCAGAAGUGGACAGCACCUGGCAAAUAGUCAAGGCGAAGACCACGGACAACUUGAGAACAUGACAUUUUCUCAAGACGGCAUCCCAUAUCCGUCUUGUGGCCUUAACCUAGCGGCUGAUCACGUCUACAACCACUCGGCAACUCUUCCAUCUCGUUCCGCCGCAUUAAAAGUCUUCCAAAGCUACCCCAGCACCGACGGACCUGGAAGCACAGGCACGAUACUGAAGAACGGAGGAGCGAAAAACGGCAUGCAGGUGAUACCAUUCUCUAACAGCAACGCAGAGGGAAAUGUAAUGAAAGACAUCUGCACAAACGGCAGGAAAGUGCCGUCGAAUCUGUUCUCACAGACUUUGAACACAGGAAGUGCGACACUACAGCAUCCCGCUUCCUGGGCCAGAAUCCCCACAAGCGUUGCCGCAUCUUCUGGAAGUGCUCCGGGUACGGUUUUGUCAAUGACUCGCGAGGAAGAUGAGGAGCGCUUCGCAUCUGCCUGCCGAGAGGAAAGCAGUAUGGGGAGAGCAAAUCUCCUGUUUGAGCUGCAGCAACAAAGACAGCACAAAAGCGGGGGAGGAUGCGCCAGCCUGUUGCCUUCUCUCCUUUCAACAGAAAGUACAACCAUGUGUUCUCAAGAAGCGGCGAUGACGGCGACCAAAACUGCCAGCAAUCGUAUGCAAAUCCAAACAGGCGCUUUCCAUCAUCAUAGCUUAGGUGUACAACCCGAAUAUCCAGAGGAGUCUGAUACAUCUUUCCCUUACUCGCUCACAGCCGUACACAGGAACGGGAGCAUGGUAGGAACAAAGGAAAGAGACACAGAUGCUCUGUACACUUCCCAGCAACAACAUGACCUAAAUGCUUUUCUUUCCAUCAGCUCCAACAGCAAAGGGCUUCUUACAGGGACGACAAAGGCAGUCACUUCCCUAGGGGGCGCUACUACAACUUCUACAACGCCAAUGACAACUAGCCGGAGUGCCCAAAAAACUCCGUUCUCCACUGGAAUGAGGUUUUCUGUCGGAGCAGAUGUGUCGGACACUACUUUUACAGGAGUUGUAGGUUCUCAGGAAAGCUCGGCUGCUAUGACGAGUAGUGGCGAGGCGACGCAGCAGCUUCUCGAUGUGGCCGCAACUCUCAUGCACAAGGCUGUACAGGAAACUACUGAUGUCGAAGAAAUUGCACAGCAACUCUACCAGGCAACGCGCGAUCUCCCACAGGAGACGGUCCACGAGCUACUUCUUACACUGGCGAGCAGAGGGGGAGGCCAUUCAAGUCUCGGUACCUCAUCUGGUUCGAGUGACACACCGAAGAAACCGGAAGAAAUCGGCAGCACACCAUUGAACCCCGCAGCUACCCCAUUUCUCGUCCAUUAG